CACUUCAGUGGUGGAAUGAGUUUAUUACCUUCAACCUAUGAAAUCAGCAAAUCUGGGACCAAUAUAAAGGGUGCCCUGGCCCCUGCUCAGCUCAGCAUUCCACUAGAAGCCCAUCCAGCCAUCCCUCCUGUGGGCCUGUUGCACGUCCAGCUCAGAAUGUCUCAGCAGAAUCAGUGCUGCCCCCCACCUCAGCAGUGCUACCCUGCACCCAUGCAGUGCUGCCCCCUACCCCAGCAGUGCUACCUUGCACCCCAGCAGUGCUACCCCGCACCCAUGCAGUGCUACCCUGCACCCAUGCAGUGCUGCCCCCCACCCCAGCAGUGCUACCCUGCACCCAUGCAGUGCUGCCCCCUACCCCAGCAGUGCUAUCCUGCACCCAUGCAGUGCUACACCACACCCCAGAAAAACUGAGGCUGCACAUGUGACCAGAGGCCAAACCCAGGAAAAGCAGAGAGCAAGAAAUCCAGCACCUUCCUCCAACAGCCAGAUGUCAGCCACACUCACCUGCUGCCAAGCUCCGAGAAAAGCAGCACCAGGAUGACAGCUUCCUCGAUUUCUACCGCUUAUUAAUUGGCAGCGGCAAUUUCCAUCCCAGGCAAGGAUCUGGUCCUAACCUGUCGAAUCGUCUUUGCUGACUUGUACCUACAUCACCCUGUCAGCUUUUGGAAACCUGGCUAGCCUGCCUGAAUACCCUACCCACUCACCGUUCCCCUCUGCUCCUGUUUUCCCAACAAUAAAAUGUAAUUCCUCUGGCA